CGACCCCACUGCUUGGUGCAAAUGGAAGCGACGAUGGAGGGGUCCACAGGGCCGGCCGCGCCGAUCGCCGACUCUGGCUUCCUGCCGAUGAGCCAUGUCUCGGAGAAGCGUCCGCUGGAAGAAAACUUGGUGGAUGGCGACGACCUGGAGGAGGAUGACGACGACUUUGACGACGAGAAGCCGGUGCUCCAUGUCGCCAAGAAGGCGCGUCUCGGCGAUGACGACGAGAGCGAGCUGCAGCACGAUCAUGACAUGGAGGUGGUCGAAGCCGAAGCGCCUACGAUGGCCUUGGACGCCGUCGAGCUGGAUGACGCCAGCCGCAGCGACGACGUGGCCGCACACGAGCACGUCGCAGGUGAGGACAAGACCAUGGAGUACGAUCCCGAACACACAGAGAGCGCAGACGCCACGCCUGCCGAUAGCCCGAUCUCGAUCCAAGACGACGACGAGCCCGAGAUGAUGUGGACGCAGCGCAUCGAGCCCGACCAGAUGGACGACGCAGCCGAGCCUGAGCAAUCGCACACCGCGCCCGACGUCGUGCAGGUCCACGACGCCCCGGAGGAUGAGCCGAUGGCCAACGAGCUCGAGGCCGUGCCGGUCCAAGAAGAACCCGAGGUCUAUGAGGCACCCGAAGCUAUACAGGUCCAGGAAGCGCCCGAAGCUGUACAGGUCGAUGAAGCGCCCGACGCCGUCCUGGUCAACGAAGCGCCCGACGCUGUACAGGUCAAUGAAACGCCCGAGAUCGUACAGACCGACGAAGCACCCGCUCAAGCCGACGCACCGGAGGAUGAGCCCACGACUACCGACGUCGUCGACGUCACGAUGGAUGGUGACGACGCGCCAGCAAGUACGACGACGGACGGUGCGUCGGCCAUGCUGCCGCUCUUUGCGGACGACGCGGACCCGGCCGAGAUGGAGCCGUACGAUCCAGACGACUACGAAAUGCCCGCCGACGACGUGAACACGCCGCCGAUCCGCGCUUUUCCGCUGCCGCCGUGCGUCCACGAGUGCGUCGAGGCCGUGUUGGCCGAGAUUCGCCUCACGGAGCCGAGCGUGGUCUUUGACGAGCGCACGCUGCUGGCCAUGAACGCGCUCACAACCGUGCACGCCGCCGAGGUCAUCAAGCGCUUCCAGGCUGUGAUCACGGCGUCCGCCGUGCCGCCCGACACGUAUACCGCGCUGUGCGACAUCAUUUCGGACGUCAAGGCCAAGAAGCCAAUGAAGAAGGAGCCUGCGACGCCCAAGCCGGCACCGAUCUUGGCCGACGCUGUUUGGGCCCGACUCCUCGACUGCCAGGCUGACGGCGCGGCCAAUUUUACGCUGCGCGAUCUGCGGUCGUCGAGCGCCCUCGACGCCCUCGGCAAGCUCCCAGCCUUUGCACAGCUCACGGUGGUCUCCCGCUUUGUCAAGAGCUCACUCUCGACCAUUCGCGCCAAAGACGCGCACUUGACGCAGUUGAUACUGACGUACCACCAAGAAAACCCGCUCGUCACUUCGCUUCGCCCCGUGGCCGAGGUGGACCCGUCGACCGCCACCGACUCGAGCUUCUUUGAAUUUGGCUACGCGCCGCCGCAGCCGCCCCAAGGGAUCCUGGCCGAGACGCCGGUGCGGUCGUUUCCGCUGUGGGACCAGAUCCGUGCCGAGAAGUCCUCGGCACCCGGCGACCUCAAGGUGACGAGUGGCAAGUCCAAGCUCUUUGCGUCGGCGGCGCGGACCGCGCCGAGCAGCACCAGCAGCAGUUCGUCCACGCCGUCGCUCGUGGCUCUCUUCCGGCAGUCGGACAUGUACCCUCGCUUGUCGCCGACCGUGCGUGAUGCGAUGGAAGAUGUGUAUGCGACGUCGCGCAUGAAGGACGUGGUCAACGAUACCGUGCUCCUUCGGCUCAUGAAGCUGCCAGACCACCUUGCGCUGCGGGCCGUCGAGAACUUUCGAUCGACCGACACGGCGCACGUCGACAACAUCAACGGCUUCUUUGUCGGCAUCAUCACACGUGUCAUGGAGCGCGAGCGCACGACGGGGCCGCCCCAAGGCCGCCUCGACCCGCGCGGGUUUCCGACCGGCGAUUUUUCCCGCCCGCCGUCGGCGUUUCAACCCACGGGCGCCCACCUUGGCGCGCCCAUGCCGUGGGCGCAUCUCCCAGCGUUUGACCAACACAUUCGCAACAUGCCGCUCUCGGUGCAGACGGAGCUCUCGCAUAUGGUGGCCGCCGGCGUCCUCGCGUCGAUCGACGAGUUGGCCGAAAAGUGCUACGAGAUCCUCGGCCAGCUCUCGGAGCCGCUCGCGCUCGAAGUGCUCAACCGGUACACGACGUCCAACCUCGACAGCGUCCGGAACCGGUCUGGCUUUCUCAUUGGCGUCAUCAAGCGGUGCCGGCAAGAGUACGGGCUCUUGUAGCUUCUCUUCUUUGCUGCAACAUGACCAUCUCGUUGACGUUGCG